GAGUGAACCCCGAGCAGAUACAAGAUGUGGGCGCAAUGCGACUGUGCUGAAGAUGAAAGUUGCGUCAUGUGCAUAAGCGAUUCAAAGUGAAAGUGAAAGUGUAAAGCGACGGUGUUUUUGAUGCGCUGGAAUUUAACUCUGCAGAAUCUGAAGAGAACAUUCGAGGAAGCAGAUAACAUGGAGAACUCCAAAGAACAUAAAUUAAAAGAAAACCCAUCUGGGAUGCCAGUAUGUGAGUCACAGCGGAACGCGACUGCUGAAAGUGAAAAUGUUCAAGACACUGAGAUGAACGGUGAAUGUGACAACGAAAACGAACCAAAAACCUGUGGAAAGAUAACAGAUGAAAUCUCAGGAAAGAAGUUUUUUGUUCUUCUUGUUGGAAAGACAUUAAAUGCUCAUCAGAAAGUCAUAGACCAUCUUAAAGCCCAAAGACCAGGUCUGCAGGAGGUGAAAAAUGUAGAUGAGUGUGAUUUCAUUCUGGUUUUCUGCCCUGUUGUUUCGCGAGCUGGAACUGACAUUGAAGAUGCAGUGAAAAAACUUCAGAAGGAAUCCGACACCAAACCUGCUGUCCUGGUGGUGCUCCAUCACACGUUUGACCGAGAGUGUGUUGUACCAGACAGCAGCAGAGCUGUAAAGAGGAAGAAUUUGAUCACAGUCGACUGUCUGUUUUAUGAGGAUCAGGGAUUACUGCAGUGUCAAAGAAACAGUGAAUCACUGGCCAGAAUUACAAACAUCAUAAAAUAUCAGGAAGCAGAUAGCAUGGAGAACCCCAAUGAACAUAAAUUAAAAGAAAACCAGUCCAAGAAGACACUACAUGAGUCACGGCUGAACGCGACUGCUGAAAGUGAACCUGUUCGAGAUGCUGAGGCGAAGAGCGAAUGUGACAACCAAAACGAACCAAAAACCUCUGGAAAGAUAACAGAUGAAAUUUCGGGAGAUAAGUUUUUUGUUCUUCUUGUUGGAAAGACAUUAAAUGCUCAUCAGAAAGUCAUAGACCAUCUUAAAGCCCAAAGACCAGGUCUGCAGGAGGUGAAAAAUGUGGAUGAGUGUGAUUUCAUUCUGGUUUUCUGCCCUAUUGUUUCGCGAGCUGGAACUGACAUUGAAGAAGCAGUGAAAAAACUUCAGAAGGAAUCCGACACCAAACCUGCUGUCCUGGUGGUGCUCCAUCACACGUUUAACCGAGAGUGUGUUGUACCAGACAGCAGCAGAGCUGUAAAGAGGAAGAAUUCGAUCACAGUCGACUGUCUGUUUCAUGAAGAUCAGGGAUUACUGCAGUGUCAAAGAAACAAUGAAUCACUGGCCAGAAUUACAAACAUCAUAACAUAUCAGGAAGCAGAUAGCAUGGAGAACUCCAAUGAACAUAAAUUAAAAGAAAACCAGUCCAAGAAGAUAGUACGUGAGUCACAGCUGAACGCGACUGCUGAAAGUGAACCUGUUCGAGAUGCUGAGGCGAAGAGCGAAUGUGACAACCAAAACGAACCAAAAACCUCUGGAAAGAUAACAGAUGAAAUUUCAGGAAAUAAGUUUUUUGUUCUUCUUGUUGGAAACACAUUGAAUGCUCAUCAGAAAGUCAUAGACCAUCUUAAAGCCCAAAGACCAGGUCUGCAGGAGGUGAAAAAUGUGGAUGAGUGUGAUUUCAUUCUGGUUUUCUGCCCUGUUGUUUCGCGAGCUGGACCUGACAUUGAAGAAGCAGUGAAAAAACUUCAGAAGGAAUCCGACACCAAACCUGCUGUCCUGGUGGUGCUCCAUCACACGUUUGACCGAGAGUGUGUUGUACCAGACAGCAGCAGAGCUGUAAAGAGGAAGAAUUCGAUCACAGUCGACUGUCUGUUUCAUGAAGAUCAGGGAUUACUGCAGUGUCAAAGAAACAAUGAAUCACUGGCCAGAAUUACAAACAUCAUAAAAUAUCAGGAUUCAUGGCUUCCUUGGUUGGGUAAUCCAUGUAAUGUAUCUAUUUUAAAUGAUUAUAGUUUCUGCACAUUUAGAAGGGAUCACAAUAAAAAUAUGCUGUUGUUGCUAUUAAUUUGUUAUUAUUUAACUAUUCCAAUAGUUUCAGGUUGGUUGCCGUCUUGGCUUUCUUCUGCUGGAUGCACUACGGUCACAAAUCAGCAAGAAGACAAGACAGAAAAGAUACAGGCUCUGAAGACGAAUGAGAAUGACUUUUCUGAAGUCAGGUUGGUGGUGUUGGGGAAAAAGGACUCUGGGAAAAAUUCAGCAAAAAACACCAUCCUGGGCAAACAGGAGAGCGACCAGGCUGCUGCAUCUACAGCUGCAUCUCAAUCCACCCAGCACAGUGAGAGCACACAGGGGGAGGUGGCUGGGAGGAAGGUGACUGUAGUCGACACUCCUGACUGGUUCUUUUCUCGGCUGUCUUGGAAGAAACUAAGAAAAGACGUGGAACACUGUGUCCAACUGUCUCAGCCAGGACCUCAUGCCUUCCUCCUGGUCAUACCUGUAAAACAUUCAGAAGAAAAAGUAGUUGAUAUCAAAGAGGAAUUGAAUGUGAUGGAAGAGAUUUUUGGAGAGCCCUGUUUCAGACACACCAUGAUACUUUUCACUAUUACUGAUGAAAGUCAGAAGAGUGAGAAAUCAAUCCAAUCAGGAGACCAGAGAUUUGUAGAGAAAUAUGGGAACGGGUUUCACUUUCUUAACAUUCAGGAUAGUGGAGAUGGUUCUCAGGUCUUCGAGCUGCUUGAGAAGAUAAAGAAAAUGGUGGAUGGAAGCAGCGAGAAAUUCUACAGCAAUGAGAUUUAUCUGAAGACUCUAGCUUGGAUGAGAAAGAUUAAGAUGAGUGAGAUGCUAGAGAACCUUGAUGACCCAGCAACUGAAGUGAUGACAAACAUGAAACAAGAGAAGUUAAAUAUGGAGGCAGAGAGAAGCAACAUGAAGACUUCCUUGCAUGAACUCUGGAGAAGUGUUUUGAGUUCUCGUAUGCAAGAAGAGAUUGAACAAAAGGACAGACAGAGGGAAAUGAAAAGACAGCUUGAGGAAAUGAAAAGACAGCUUGAGGAGAAGGACAGUCAGCUUGAGGAGAAGGACAGACAGCUUGAGGAGAAGGACAGUCAGCUUGAGGAGAAGGACAGACAGCUUGAGGAAUUUAGGAAGGAGGCAUUUCAUAUCCUUUCUGAUGCAUAAAUUAGCUUCUAAAUCCUCUUUACAGUAGCCCAAGAUUUCAGUACACUUUUCCCUUUCCCAGUUAAAUAUUUGUCCUGUGUAGUGCUAAAUAAUCUACAAAUAGAAUGCAGUGUUAUAUGUAGUAGAGAAUGACUAAUCAAAGUAUUAGACUAUUAAAGUAGAGAAUGCUACCAGCUCAGCCCUGAAUGCCCUACCUGAUUUUCCAAUUGUGAUUAGUCACACUCUCUCACACACUUUCAGAGAUGUCUAAACAAAGCAGCCAAUAAGACCAGACAUGAUAGAAUAAGGAAUGAAGAAAUAAGGAUAAUAGUGGGCACAAGAUCAAUCCAUGACCACGUUCAACAACAACGUAUCAAAUGGUUUGGCCGUCUCAGUAGGAUGUGAAUCCAUCAUCAUGCUUUUAGAGCCUACAACAAAAGGAGCUCAGAGACCUGAGCUUGAGGGGGGCCUCGCAAAUACUGGCUUGAUGGCGUGAGGGAAACCCUCAGAACCUAUGACCUGUCUGCUACAGAAGCUGCCCACCACGCCCUUGACCGGUGUCUCCAACUCCCUGUGACACCUCAAAGUACAAGCAGAAGAUAAAAGAUGAAGAUGAGUCACUGUCCUACUUGUUAGAUUGCAUGAAUGAACACACACACGCACCUUCAUUUGUCUAUUGUGUUGUAAAAUCUUGCAUAUCUAUAUACACACAAGUUCCGUUUUUCAAAACUGUCUCCCAGUCUAGUGGUGUACUAAUUUAUCUCCUACUUUCCUCGCUCUAACCCAAGUGAUACAGUAUGAUAUUGAUUGGCUCUUGCAUAAGUUGAAAUAAACAGAAGUUGUGGAAA